UUCUGCACUAAUAUUAAUACCCUACCUUAGGUGUCACACAAUACGCAUUCUAGUACUAUCUCUCUUUCAAGGGGACCCUCAAAUCAAAUUGGUGACUAAGUAUCCACAAUCUCUUUUGCUUUCUGUUCAUUCAUAGAAACAAAAAGAAGGUUGACAUGGCAGGAGAGUCAUACGAGGAGGCCAUUGCAGAGUUGACGAAGCUUCUAAGCGAGAAAGCUGACCUCGGACAUGUUGCCGCCGCAAAGAUCAAGCAGUUGACGACGGAGCUGGUUGCUGUUGGGUCGGAUGGUUUUAACCCGGAUGAAAGAAUUCGAAGUGGGUUCGAGUAUUUCAAGAAAGAAAAGUUCUUGAAAAAACCAGAACUGUAUGGUGAACUUGCCAAAGGCCAGAGCCCAAAGUUUCUGGUUUUCGCCUGCUCAGACUCAAGAGUUUGCCCAUCUUAUGUUCUAAAUUUUCAACCUGGUGAAGCCUUUGUGGUCCGUAACAUUGCCAACAUGGUUCCACCAUAUGACAAGAGCAAGUAUUCAGGAACAGGUGCUGCCAUUGAAUAUGCAGUCGUACAUUUAAAGGUGGAGAAUAUUGUGGUUAUUGGACACAGUUGCUGUGGAGGUAUAAAGGGUCUCAUGUCCAUCCCAGAUGAUGGGACCACCGCAAGUGACUUCAUAGAGCAGUGGGUCCAAAUUUGUAAUCCAGCAAAGUCAAAAGUUAAAGAAGCAAGCAACUCAGAUUUCUCAGAGCAGUGUACCAACUUGGAGAAGGAAGCUGUUAAUGUAUCUCUGGGGAACUUACUGACUUAUCCAUUCGUGAGAGAUGCUGUCGUGAAGAAAACAAUUGCUUUGAAAGGUGCACAUUACGAUUUUGUUAACGGAGCAUUUGAACUGUGGGAUAUAGACUUCAAAAUUUCACCCUCAGUGUCCUUUUAAGAUUUCUAAGGCGUCAAAAGGAAAGGGUUCAUACCCUACAAUGCAUCUUGUACAUCAUCGUGGUUCAUUUUCUCUAAAUCCCCUUAAAAUAAGCAUAGACAUUGCAAAAUGAUGGUCUAUGAUCUGCAUAACAGUUUUUGGUUUGUAAUGCUUUCCGUUAAGUAUAGUGGUUUUCAUUCGGAAAACUUUGAAAAUAAUCUCCCAAUAAAGUUUGAGCAAUGUAUUUGGUAUGAGUUAAUUUUAUUCAAAUUGAAUGCUGUCAAAUGUGAAUGAAGUCUUCUCAUUUUGGGAUAUUAGGAUCAAAUAAUUAAA